CCUGAGCGUCACAUUGGUGCAUCGCGCGUACAAGUCGCAGCAGCCGUUCUGUGUUGCAACAACACCGCUUGGAAGGUCAAAUUGCCAGCUCUGCGCCUCAAAAACGCGCCAUAUGGCCUCACAACUCGGCGCCGACGACAAGCAGCAAACGCUCGACUGGGCCGCCGCCCGCCAGGCGUGGGAACAGCACGUCGAGGCGCUGGACACGGACGCCGGCGAGCGCGCCGACGGCGUCACGGCGCUCGAGUCGAAGCUCGGCACGCGCGCGCACUGGGACGGCGUCUACGAGCGCGAGCUGCGCAACUUCGCGCACGACCCGAGCGACGAGGGCGUGGACUGGUUCUCGGAUGACGUCGGCGACCGGCUGAUGGAGUACGUCACGGAGAACUGUCCUCUGGAGGACGGCGUCCUCGACCUCGGCUGCGGCUCGGCCGUGUUCCUUUUGGAUCUGGCGGCGAACCGGGAAGGGCGCUUCCUGGGCAUCGACUACUCGGAGGUGGCCGUCGCGCUCGCGGCCAACGUCGGGCAGAAGCGCGGAUUGAGCCAGGUCCGCUUCUGCCACGCCGACGCGACGCGCCUGGAGGAUUUGGAGGAGCGGUUCGGCCUCGUGCUCGACAAGGGCACCUUCGACGCGUACAUGCUCGGGGCGACCGCCAGCGUGGACCGCUACGCGGCGUCGGUGCUCGCGGCGCUGAAGCCGGGCGGCGUGUUCGUGAUCACGACGUGCAACUCGACGGCCGACGAGGUCUCCGCCCUAUUUACCGCGCGGGGAUUCGUCGAGAGGGACCGCGUGCCCUACCCGACCUUCGAGUUCGGCGGCCGGAAGGGCGCGGCCGUCGCGACGGUCGCGCUGGUGGCGAGGAGUGGUGGGGCGUAGGUCUGUCAUACAAAUAUUCUUAGCAA